GUAUUCGAGACUGGAUCUAAUCAUUGUCGACUAUGUAGUACGCUGCAUGAGAAGGGGUGGUUCCCCCACGUGUGCGGAGCAAGCAGCCUAGUUUGGCACCGGGAGACGCAAAAACUCUACUUUAUAGGACCCUUUUCCAUGGCCGGCAAGCCCGAACGUCCGAUUGUGUUCGGUGCCAAGUGGAUUGCGCAUUUCGAUCUCGCCAAGCCGGACCCCUCUACGCAUAUACGUAGGAGUGGCUGGGAUGGAGAUACUACACACUGGCAAUGGUAGUUGAGGGGAAGCAAGAUUGGUUGUUGUCCUCUUGUUACGUUGAAUCGUAUCUAGAUGGCCCCGGCUGAGGAGUUCCCCGACUAUACGGAUCCGACGUAAAAACUAUGGCACAAAAACAGAAGGCAAACCACCCCGGGGGUGGAGCAAACAUUGACCUACUCAAAACCAAUGACUGCGGAGGAUAAAUAUGAUUUUGCAGGAAUGGUGAAAGGCCAUCGCUUUUGCCACAUUUCCAAAUUAGGAAGGCACCCCCCCGGCGACCCUCACGAGAAACACAUGAACCACGUUGAUCGCUUCCACUACAACCUCACUACUCUUUCGACACCAAUCCGCCAAUCACAAAGACCUCUACCAGAUACGCAUACUUUUUAGCCGCAACAGUCAUUUGCGGGUGGCGUGUCCUUGAAGCUGCCAUGGCCUUCUGGGUUGACUGGGCGCUGUGGGAGCAGUUGAGCUUCGUGCUGGCGCUUCUGAUCGUUUUCGUAUUUGUAUAUGCUUCCUGUGUUCACGCAUUCAACACAUGGAUGACCGGCCGCUACGCCGAGGCCGAAUCGCGCCAGCAAGAUGAAGAGGCAGAUUUAUACCCGAUGCUAUCGAGAGAUGAUGUUCCAUUUGGCGCCAAAGCUCUUGAGCGAGGCGUCCAGGUCGAAGGCAUCUGGGUCUCCAGCCACAAUACUCCACACUCGGGCACACUGCACCCUGGGACACCAAGUACCGACCAACCAGCAAGUCAUGACCUGAAGAAGUACCCAGUACGCCCUCCAACCCCAGCCUCGUCGACGGCCAUCAAGAAUUCAAAAAAUGCUCGAAAAGCUCUACCUGCAGACACUCCAACUGCAUCGAGUUCUGAAGUAGACAUUCCCGGAGCAGUCUACACCCCGACCACGUUGUCCCAGAGCCUAAGCUUGCCCAGUAGCUUCAACCACCACAGCGAAAGCUUCGUUGGCGACAGAAAGGACAUACAGAAGCGUGCCAGUUUCCACUCCCGAAUCUGGCGUGCGGGCGGAGUUUUUGACAAUGAGCCUGCAGCGAGACGCCCUGAACGCGACAAGUCCGUUUCAGCCCAGGGCGGCAAUGUGGCUGUUCCUCAUUCACCGAAUGAGCAGCAUCGGGCUUCACGAAUCUCGAGAGUCCUUCGCAAGCGGUCCUCAGAAGAGUUUCGACGAAAAAUGAGCGCCAUCUUCAAUGAGCGAAUCCACAUGAACGCGCCAUCUGAGGGACUUGAAAUCGACCCAAUGUUUCGAUCCAAUCAAGACCGACACAAACGGACGUCGAUUGUUACGCAAUGCCGUUCAUGGGAUAAUUGAGUGGCAGAUGGCUGACGUGCGAAUGGGCGGGUCGAGGUGCCUUCGUCGGAUACCGAGAGGGGCAUUUUUUCCAGGUUCCGAGCAAAGGACGAUGAGACUGACAUGGGAUUAUGGUCGUCUGGAAGAAGAAUACUUUCGUUAUACGUCAUUUGCUGGAUGAUGUCGGGCAACAAGAGAUCUGGAGAUUCGGUGUAAAGCACGCAGUAGACGCUGGAACACAAGCAGAUAUGUAUUUAUUACACCACUGGAAAAGAGAGCGAGCAUGGCCAUUCUUUUGAAAUCCCUUGGGAUUCGAGUGAUAGUUAAAAUCAAUGUUGAUCAUUGUGUUGUAUCAAG